UCGGGGGUCGGCGGGGAGCCCCGAGGGUGGGCCCUGGAGGGAGGCCUGGGCCUGGAGAGGAAGGCGGGGCUUGCAGCGGGUCCGAGGCUUGGGGAAGGGGCUGGCAGACUGCGCGGCUGGCCGGGUGCGGAGCCCGGGCUCCAUCAUUACUCUGGGGACAGGAGUGAGGGCGGAUCCCGGGAACUGCGGAGAGCAGCUUUCGCUAGCAGGCUUAGACUUCCCGGGCAAUCAAUCGGUCUCGCGGCUUUGCAGUAAAGUGGGGUUCGUCUGGAGCCCGGCCAGAAGCGGAGAGAAGGCCGGCCCCAUUGGCUCUGAGGUCGCCCUGGCGGUAGCAGGGGAGAUGGGCUUGCUCUCAAUUUUGCGCAAGUUGAAAAGUGCACCAGACCAGGAGGUGAGAAUACUUCUCCUGGGCUUGGAUAAUGCUGGCAAGACCACUCUUCUGAAGCAGCUUGCAUCUGAAGACAUCAGCCACAUCACACCUACACAGGGUUUCAACAUCAAAAGUGUACAGUCACAAGGUUUUAAACUGAAUGUAUGGGACAUUGGUGGACAGAGGAAAAUCAGACCAUACUGGAAGAAUUAUUUUGAAAAUACCGAUAUUCUUAUAUAUGUAAUCGACAGUGCAGACAGAAAAAGAUUUGAAGAGACAGGUCAGGAACUAGCAGAAUUACUGGAGGAAGAAAAACUAAGUUGUGUGCCAGUGCUCAUCUUUGCUAAGAAGCAGGAUUUGCUCACAGCAGCCCCUGCCUCUGAAAUUGCAGAAGGACUGAACCUGCAUACCAUCCGCGACCGAGUCUGGCAGAUCCAGUCUUGCUCAGCGCUCACAGGAGAGGGCGUUCAGGAUGGCAUGAACUGGGUCUGCAAAAAUGUCAAUGCAAAGAAGAAAUAAAAUCUAGACGAAUGGAGACGCAGGAGCUGCGGGAGCCGAAUUCGGUCCUGAAAAACACUAAUUUGCUGCUUUCUGACCAAAUGUUUUUCCAUCUGUGUACAGCUCCAGCUGUUUGAAGAGAAGGAACAACACAGUUUAGAAAGAAUCCCCAUUCCAGCAGUAGAUUUAACUGAUCUCUGAGGUUCAGUAUCAUUUUUCAAAUAAAGGAAUUAUAUUAUUUCCUCUACAUAA